CUGGCGUCACAGUGCAGUCGGCUCAGCUGGUUCAAAUACUCUAUUAAAAUAGUGGGGGACCACAUAGAUCCUUCCUGUCCCAUAUCUUGUUGCAUACCCAAGAUCUCCACCGCAGCACCCGAAAGCUGGGGUAAAUUCAUAGACCCCCCCUCCCGACCUAUCUCACGAUCCUAUUUCAGAUCCCAUGAUAGAUAUUGUCCCUACACUGGAACAACCCCCUGCGGAGCUGGCGAGCACGCCAUCAUGCAAUCCUCUGAUUUGACCGAGCCUUACGCUAGAGAGGUCAACACUGCACCUCCUUCGCAUCGAUCUUCGUCUUCCCAUUCGUCUCGCAGCAGCCGACCGCGCAUAUCGCCCUUGGCUUCGCAGAACUAUGCCGGCGCACCGGCGCCUGGCCAGCUCGCCCCGUCCGUCAACGAGGUGACCCCGAUCGUGAGCAACGGGGUCUCGCAGCGAAAUUAUAAUUCGACCGAAGGGCUGAGAAAUCGGGAGUCGGAAACGAGGAACAGCCAAUUGAAGCGACAGCCCACGGCGCCAGAUUCGGCACAUCCGGACUCUCCGACCGACUCGGCUGAAGCCCGUCACUCCUGGUAUCAUCGCGUGGCGGAUCGGUAUGGGAGCCUCGAGCUAGAAAAUAAGGGGAGCGUCGCUCGAGACCACCUUGCGUUAGAGCGAACGUUUCUCGCGUGGCUGCGGACCUCCCUUGCUUUCGCGUCCAUAGGGAUAGCCAUCACCCAGCUCUUCCGACUGAACACCUCCCAUGGAAGUACGUCGGCGGCGCAGGCCAGUGCUCCGCUCCACGCCGGUCUCUCCCCGCUCCUGUCGCCCGAGAUGUACGAUACCGCGUCGUUUCAAGUCGCGUCGAAAACCGAGCGACUGCGGAGUAUAGGGAAGCCGCUGGGGACGACGUUCAUCGGUGUGGCCAUUGUGAUUCUCCUGGUCGGGUUCCAUCGUUACUUUGAGAGCCAGUACUGGAUCAUCCGGGGGAAGUUCCCCGCGAGUCGCGGUAGCGUCGCUCUCAUUGCGUUCAUAGCUGCUGCAUUGAUUAUCGCGGCUCUCGUCGUCAUCCUUGCCAUCUCCCCUGGCGCUGUGGAAACGUGACCGGCAGAAUAAUACAGAGCAUUGGUGGGGGUUAUCACUCUGUUCUUUGAUUCAUAUUUCAAGCGAUGGCGUUCUGCUUGCGAUGGAGUGAGAUGUCUUGUUUUAUCGUCGUUUCUUUGUCUUGGAUUCCGUUUGCUCUAUGUAUGCCGGCAUCCAGGUCGUACAUAAUGCAACAUAUUGUUACAUAAAUAGUCCCAAUAUGUAUCUACUAUCUACCCACCUGUUAUCCAGCACAUUCC